ACACAACCAAAUCUCAUCGAAAACCCUUACGUUCUUCGUCUCUAUCGCUCUCUAAAUUCUCAGAGAUCCUUCCAACAAAUCAAUUCAUCAGAUUGUCGAUAGUGUAAGAAUUCGCUUCGGAAAUAUUGUUCUUAAUCGGGGACUGGAUUUGGAAAUGGAAAAAUCGAUGAAGAAAUGUAUGAGAGAUUGAGAAAAAGGAUGCCGGAAUUAGCGCAUGAUUGUCAAUUCAGUGGCGGCGACACCACGACGUCGUAUGGACCAGUUUCAUCGACUGGUUUUUGGUCUAAGCAUCGGGAUGAUGUCAGCUACAAUCAACUACAAAAGUUCUGGAGUGAGCUAUCACCGCAAGCUAGGCAGGAGCUCCUCAGGAUUGAUAAGCAAACUCUUUUCGAACAAGCUCGUAAGAAUAUGUACUGCUCCAGAUGCAAUGGGUUACUUCUGGAAGGUUUUUUGCAGAUUGUCAUGUAUGGAAAGUCUUUGCAGCAGGAGGGAACGGUUGGUCAGGGUUCUGGCAACAGACUUCAAAAUUCAAAAUGUCAUGCUGUUGAGGAUGUGUGCUUGACAAUUGGGUGCAAUGAUGAUGUUCAAGAUCCAUCUGUCCACCCUUGGGGAGGUCUAACUACCACUAGGGAUGGAACACUCACCCUCCUGGAUUGCUAUAUUUAUUCAAAAUAUCUGAAGGGGCUUCAAAAUGUCUUUGACAGUGCUAGAGCAAGGGAGCGGGAGCGGGAGUUACUUUAUCCUGAUGCGUGUGGAGGAGGAGGUCGCGGAUGGAUUAGUCAAGGGAUGGUGGGAUAUGGCAGAGGUCAUGGAACUCGAGAAACAUGUGCUUUGCAUACUGCCAGACUUUCUGUUGACACUUUGGUUGAUUUUUGGUCUGCACUAGGAGAAGAGACACGCCAUUCUCUUCUAAGGAUGAAGGAAGAAGAUUUUAUGGAACGACUAAUGUACAGGUUUGACAGCAAGAGGUUUUGUAGAGAUUGCAGAAAGAACGUUAUCCGUGAAUUCAAGGAGCUAAAAGAACAUAAGCGCAUGAGGAGAGAAGCUCGCUGCACAAGUUGGUUUUGUGUAGCUGAUACAAGCUUUCAAUAUGAGGUAACUCUUGACACAAUCCAGGCUGAUUGGCACCAAAACUAUGCGGACUCUACAGGAAUAUACCAGCAUUAUGAAUGGGCUGUUGGAACUGGAGAAGGCAAAUCUGAUAUAUUAGAAUUUGAAAAUGUUGGCUUAAAUGCAAGAGUUCAAGUGAACGGUCUAGAUUUGACUGGUUUGAAUGCAUUGUAUAUCACUUUAAGGGCAUGGAGAUUCGAUGGACGCUGCAACGAAGUAUCAGUAAAAGCUCAUGCUUUAAAGGGGCAGCAUUGUGUUCAUUGCAGGCUUGUAGUUGGCGAUGGUUUUGUUACAAUCACAAGAGGAGAAAGCAUUAGGAGGUUCUUUGAGCAUGCAGAAGAGGCUGAGGAAGAAGAGGAUGAUGAUUCCGUGGACAAGGAUGGGAACGAGCUAGAUGGAGAAUGCUCCCGUCCCCAAAAACAUGCGAAGAGUCCAGAACUUGCUCGAGAGUUCCUUUUAGAUGCCGCAACAGUUAUUUUUAAGGAACAGGUUGAAAAGGCUUUCAGAGAAGGGACUGCACGUCAAAAUGCACAUAGCAUGUUCGUAUCUCUUGCACUAAAAUUGUUGGAAGAACGUGUGAUGGUCGCAUGCAAGGACAUCAUCACUUUGGAAAAACAGUUUAAACUCCUUGAAGAAGAAGAGAAGGAGAAGCGUGAUGAAGAAGAACGAAAAGAGCGUAGAAGGGCAAAAGAAAAGGAAAAAAAACUUCGUAGAAAAGAGAGGCUGAGGAGUAAGGAAAAAGAAAAGGAAAAAAAAUGUUCUCAACCUGGCCAAAUUCCUGCGGUUCCCGAUGCCAACGAGGAGUUAACGAGCGUUCAUGAAGACCUAAAUGACAAAAGUGAAGCAUAUUGCGAAGAACGAGAAGAUGCUCUGUUUUCUAUACCUGCAUUAGAAGAUUGUAUUCAAGAGGAGCAAAUACUCAACUACGACGAAAGUUCGAAUGCGGAAUUCAGUUACGAGAAAGACGGAAAUGCAUCGUUUGCAAGCGAUCAAUCGAAACAUCCAAGGAGGAGACUGAAAUCAUGGAAAGAUUAUCAACUCGAUCAAUCCUCAAAGUGGUCCGAUAGACGGCGGUUCACAGCUGGCUCCGAAAAUGGGUCGAUGGUCAGCAAACCUGCGCCAAGGUUCUACAGUGAUGGCUUUGAAACUUCUUCAAGAAAUGGUAAUUUCAAUGGAGUAAAUAAGCCGGCAAGAAGGUCUAAUGGUGCGAGGUACAACGAGCGAUCAUAUUGUUCUCAUAAUCGGAUGAACAGCAGGUACGACCCCCCUGAUUGCAAUUGCUACCAACAAGAUUACAGACCGAAAGUUGGUAAGCAGGAACCCGAUACGGAUGUGUCGAAACCGUAUUUUCGUGGAAACAAGUACAAUAAUCAAACCGAAUUCGUUCGCGAGGCUUGUGGAAGAUCGAAAAGCAAAAUCAUCACCGGCAACAAUGCUGCAGGUCGAGAUUCCCCAUAUACAAAGAAAGUGUGGGAACCGAUGGAAACACAAAAGCGGUACGCCCCCAGAAGCGUUCCGGAUCCCGAUGACAUUACUGAUCGUUCUGCUACCGUCACCGAACCACCCGUCAAGAUUAUUAGUUCAUCAGAUGGGACGAAUUCGGCCCCUGCCAAUCGUGACGAUAAUGAUUUGAAGGAAUCAAAAAGCAGAAUUCACAUAGAAGCGGAUGCAACCUCAUCCGUAAGUGGAACAACGGAUCUUUCUACCAGUAGUAACUCCAAUUCCGAUAGCUGCUCAUCAUGUCUUAGUGAGGGAGACGGAAAUACUUCGUUUUCCUCUAACCCCCAGAACCCCGAAUCCUCAUUCACAUCCGAUUCGGAAUAUGCCAGCCAUCAUUCCGAAGUGAUUAAAGAAACAUCACUCUGCCUCGAGAACGACUUUCCCGUUAUCUCGAAGGUGCAGAACACAAAGGAAAACGACGUUCUAAGAAAAGAGAACUCAGGAGAAUUCUCGUCAAAAACAGCGGAAAGCUGCAAAUCCGGAAAGAGAAAUGACGUUACCGGCUCUCAUCCGAACGUUAUUCCACCGCCAUUACAACCGCAAAGCCUACACUUUCCGGUGUUUCAAGCUCCUUCCAUGGGAUACUACCAUCAGGGUCCGGUUCCAUGGACCACGGCUCCAACCAACGGACUAAUGCCGUUACCGCACCCAAACCACUAUCUGUUUACUAGCCCAUUUGGGUAUGGUCUGAAUGGUGGUUCACGUUUUGUUCAGUAUGGUGUGGGUGGGGUUCAACCGCUGGCUCCACCACUAAUGAACCAUGGUCAGGUGCCAAUAUACCAACCAGGUCCACAGAACAGUGGUGGUAAAGACCAGACGAAAGUUGAUGAGAAUAGUGAGAAAUUGCAGCAGUCAAGUGGUGUGGAAGAAGGAGGAGGGCAGAAUGGUAAUUCUAGUGCAAGGGGGUUUUCUCUUUUCCAUUUUGGUGGACCAGUGGAUGUUUCAAAAGGAGGAGGGUUUAAGCCAAAAGAAGAAAUAGAUGUGAAUGCUGUUGAAGAAUAUAACUUGUUUGCAGCAACAAAUGGAAUCAAGUUUUCAAUCUUCUGAAUACCAACAACAACAACAACAACAACAACUACAGUUUUGAGAGGUACCCAACCCAACACAACACAAAACCAUUUUUAUUUGGCAUGAAAUAAUAAUAUCUUGUGAAACAUGUUCCUUUUUUUGGUUAGUUUUUGAUUGUUUAUUGUUAUUGUUAUUGUUUUUGGUUUGGUGUAGAGAGAGUCUGAGUUUGAUGGUUUAUUUUUGUAUUGUUGAGGUAUUUUCUUCUUUUUGUUUCUAUAGCAAAUGCAAAAGAUAAUGA